AUGCGUCCGUACAGAUGCCUGUCAUCUCUUGCCGGUCGCAUCAAGAGUAGGCCGAUCGUGGUCAACACUCAUUCACGCUCUUCAAGCUCUUCCAGCUCUUCAAGCUCAUCGUCGUCUUCCGCGGACCUCGCGCAGCGUUCUCUUUUCAUCAAUGUCCGUCCACCUCCCGCGUCUCUUUCCGAGCGCCGGUCUGUGCUGGGCGUGCUCGAGCGGUACGGCAAGGCCGAGCUGUUCAAGAAGCUGGCUGACAACAGCUCGUUUGUAUGCAUUGCGUCGAGCACGGCCAUGGCGGCAGCGCUGAUCCAGCGGAGUCCGCUGCAGUACGAGCUGCUGGCCGAGACGCUGCAGGCUGCACAGCCGUGGGGCCAUCCGCGGGUGGCGCAGUUGGUGCAGCCGAUUGAGACGACGUCCAUGUCGACGGCGACCGCCAGGUCCGGCUCGCCGCCCUUGCCGCCCCCGCCGUCAUCUUCGUCCUCUCCAAACUGGUCGACUUCGUCGACAUCGUCCUCCCCCAUCCAUCAGCGCUCGUUCGUGGUCAGCGUCUUCCCCAGCAUCGACUACCACCACCGCACGGUCGUCCGCAGUAACCCGCUCCGCGGACCGUGGCCUCGGGACCGUGACGAGGGUCCUUCGGGCAUGGCGACCAUUGUAUCAGCCAACACCGACAACUACCGCGACACGUUCGUGUACAAUGCGCUGCGAGCCGUCGUACCUGAGAGCGCGUCGUCCGCAGCGCUGUGCGACUGGCGGACGCGGCAGCCGGCGGCCGGGUACGACUCAGAGUUGGCGGCGUCGUCGUCUUCGUCGCCAUCGCCAUCGUCGUCGAUAGCUGCUGCCCGCAUUCAAGAACGACGAGCACGCCGGGCGCAUGCGAGCAAGUCAAUCCUGUCAAGUCUUUCUGGGAGAGCCGGCAACGGCAGCGGCAAGGCAGAGACCACCAAGCGCCCGAACCAGUGA